CUCCUUCUGCUUUUAAGACUUUUUUGACUAUUUUGUCAGUAUAAAUGGGUGGGAUUUAACUUUUUUUUUUUUUUUUUGGAUCCUUCUGUGAGGCUCCUCGGUGCCUGCCCGUACCCGGGUGUUUGGUCAUCCCGACUACAGGGAGAAGAACUGAAAGGAAAAAGAGGACUUUACUGAUCUGUGAAGAAGCUUUUCACUUUAAACUCUCUUCAAAAUGAGCAAUUACACAGUAACCCUGUCUGGACCUGCACCUUGGGGCUUCAGGCUGCAGGGAGGCAAAGACUUCAACAUGCCCCUGACCAUCUCCCGGAUCACACCAGGCAGCAAGGCAGCAAGCGGAAACCUCAGUCAGGGUGACAUAAUUACAGCAAUCGAUGGGGUCAGCACUGAGGGCAUGACCCAUCUGGAGGCCCAAAACAAGAUAAAGGCAGCCAUCACUAAACUCAGCCUCACCAUGCAGAGGUCGAGACGUCCCGCUCCUGUACCCACAGCCACUCCAAGAAUGGACUCACCCAUGCCAGUUAUCCCUCACCAGAAGGUCAUUGCCAACACAGCUGCCAACCAAGAGUAUGUUCCAAGCUUCAAUCCCAUCGCACUGAAGGACUCAGCUUUGUCCACUCACAAGCCUAUUGAGGUCAAGGGUCCUGGUGGGAAGGCUACUAUCAUCCAUGCCCAGUACAACACUCCUAUUAGUAUGUAUUCUCAGGAUGCCAUUAUGGAUGCCAUUGCUGGUCAGGCCCAAGCCAGAGGAAACGAGAUGAGCGGUGAUGACUCCACUGGAUCUCCCUUGGCCUCACUUCCUAUUAAAGACCCUCUUGUGGACAGUGCUUCUCCAGUCUACCAGGCUGUGAUCAAACCUGACAAGGAGAUGGAGAUGUCAGAGUGGACCCUUCGUGCUGCCAACCUGCAGUCCAAGUCCUUCCGCAUCCUUGCUCAUAUCACAGGAACGGAGUAUCUGCAAGAUCCAGAUGAGGAGGCUCUUAGAAAAUCAAGGUAAUCCACGUUGUCUCAGUUUUUUUAAGUACUGUGUUUUAAAAUGAUACUUUUAA